AAAGAAAACAGAAAAUUCACUAUAUUCAUUUAUGCUUUCUUCCUAAUAAACAAGUCACAAUAUAUAACUAAAUUGGCUCCUGCAUCUACUAUGUUACUUAAACUCUAAUAUUUGGAGCUUCAAUUGUACAAAAGAGAAAAUGGAAGAUGAUGUGAUAGUCAUAGGGCCGAAGAAGGCGCCUAAGUCAUCAAAAAUAUAUAAAUGUUCAAAAUGCAGCUAUCAAACCAAUCGCGCCUACAAUGUCCAACGCCACCUGGCCAAACACUAUGAAAAGCCUCCAAAGGAGCUGCAGCACAUUUGCCCAUAUGCUGGCUGCUCCUUCACAACAUUGCGCUGGGAUAAUCUUAUACGACAUAGGCAGGGAAUACAUCGUGCUACAAAGCCACUUGUUGAGAAUACCACGACACUGUCAAAUGACGAAGAAGCUGCUUCAAUGCCAUGUCAAGAAGUCCCCGAGCUAAGCGAGGAUGACAAUCUGUCAGCUGUGCCAAGUAUUGAAUAUCCAGAGAAAGAAGAAGAAGAAGAAGAGCUUGCUUCAGUAGAAGAUGAUGACCAAACGUCAUGGGCAUAUGAUGAGUGUGGCGAGUCAAUCGAAGAGUACCCAGAGCCAAUAAGUGAAGCCCAGUCAACUAAUGAAACCAAAAUCAAUAAGCAAAAUAUUGUUAAGCCAAAAAGAACCUAUCAGAAAGGCAAAACUAAAACGUAUGCAUGCAAUAGCUGCAACUAUCGUACGACUCGUUGUUAUAAUAUUAAGAGACAUAUUGUCAAGCACAUGGAGAAUCCUAAUGAAGGAGUCCUGCUGCAUGUCUGCAUCAUCUCUGGCUGCAAAUUUGUAACGCCGCGGUGGGAUAACUUAUGCAGGCAUGUAAAGCGAAUACAUCCCGAAACUGUUAACAAAUAACCAAAUGCAAAAUAAAAUCAUUUUUACAAUUGGAAAAACUUAAAUAUAAA